AUGGCUCCCCAGAUCACGAACCCCAAGCCAUUCCUGCAAGACAGGGUGGGCAAGCCAGUCCAAGUCCGACUGAAAUGGGGAAUGGAAUACAGAGGCUACCUCGUCAGCAUCGACAACUACAUGAACCUACAGCUUGCAAAUACUGAGGAGUACCAGAACGAUCAGCCAGCAGGUUCGCUAGGAGAAGUCUUCAUAAGGUGCAACAAUGUGCUAUACAUGUACGAGACUCCCCGCGCCUCUACAAGCGAAAACAGCCUGACAUCCUUGCAGACGGGCAAUCGACGAGUAGAGAGGCCAGGCACGCGACAGACGAGCGAUGUAGCACAUGCAACGUUGCGCAGAUAG